GAGGAAAAACUGAGAGAAAUAAAAUAAGAGAGUGGGGGGAGAGAUUAAAGAGAGGCUUGGGAAAAUGUUCAGUGGAAAAUCUAGAAAUGAUGUAAGAGAAAGCAAAGGCAGGGAUUGGAGUAAGGGGUGUAUAACUGAAACUAUAAAAACUCAGAGAGAAAACUCACCAUAAGGGCUGAGUUUGGGAGAAACUGCACAGAGAGGACUCUAAAGUUAGAAUCUCCUGAUUUUUCACAAGAUGCCGGACUGGAGAUUGGCAAACGCACAUUUUAUUCUGGCUGUGACGUUGAUGCUGUGGAGUUCAGGAAAAGUACACUCAGUGGAUGUAGCAACAGAGGCUUUUGAUUCUGGAAUCAUAAGUGUGCAGUCACCAUCCACAGUCAGGAAAGAGAAGUCAGCUACUAAUCUGGCAGCGAAACUCUUGCUUCUUGAUGAACUUGUGUCUUUGGAGAAUGAUGUAAUUGAAACAAAGAAGAAAAGGAGCUUCUCGGGUUUUGGGUCUCCCCUGGACAGACUCUCUGCUGGCUCUGUCAAUCAUAAAGGUAAACAGAGGAAAGUAGUAGAUCAUCCAAAGAGACGAUUCGGUAUUCCUGUGGAUCGGAUUGGUGGAAACCGUCUCUCAAAUUCCAGAGGCUAAUUGAUUCUAACCAUGAGUACAAUUCAGACACAACUUCUCUGGUGAAAUGUCACAGAAACAUGGAAGAUGCUUCAGUGAAGUUCUUUACACUCAAUAAUGAUUCAACAUUCAAGGAACUGGCCUUCUGCAAAUCCUUUCCACAGUUUGAGCUUCAGUCCGUCACAUCACAGUAUUGUUAUAACUUCAAUUAAAUUAUGCAUAUCACUUCAAUGCAUGGAUAUUUUUUAAAAUAUAU